UAUGAAGUGUCUGUUUCUGAAAACACAGAAAAUUUAGAAAUACUGUGCAUCCCUGUGAUUGAUAAUGAUGAACCUGGAACACCUGCGUGGUUGGCUACAUUCACUAUUAUAAAAGGAAAUGAAGAUAACAAUUUUUAUAUUACCGUGGAUGAAAAUACAAAUGUUGGGUGUUUAAUUCUUUCAAAGAAACUGGACUAUGAGAAUACCAAGGAGAGAAGAUUAGAAAUUAUUGUAGACAAUGAAGCAACUUACGUUCUGCCACUCAAUGCAAGGGCUGUAUCAACAAGUCUGAUCACUGUUGUGAUCAGUGUCAGGGAUGAGGAUGAGGGACCAGUAUUUGAGCCUUGUGAAUAUAUUCUAAACAUAAAGGAAUGUUUGCCAAGUGGAACAGUGGUUGGUAACUAUGAAGCAAGGGAUCCAGAAACUGGAAGCAAUAGAGGCUUAAGUUACAGAAUAAUAAAAGAUGAAUGCAAUUGGAUCACCAUUGAUGAUACAGGAGAUCUAAGAACUACUACGAUUUUAGACAGAGAUGUACCAGACAUGGAAUACAGUGAAUGCAGUGUAACAGUCUCUGCAACUGAUCAAAGUGGGAAAACAGGUACUGGGAAAAUUGUAAUAAAACUAAUGGAUGAGAAUGACAAUUAUCCCAUCAUUACUAGAAAAGAUUACAUCAUGUGUAAGGACAAAAAACCGAUUUGCAUUACGGCAUUUGAUGCUGAUCUUCCUCCCAACACUGCACCUUUCAACUUUGAAAUAGAAACACCAGUGGGCUCAACAUGGACACUAACACCAAAGAAAGAUGAUUCAGCUUUGAUCUCACUCAUGGAAGAUAUAGACUAUGGCUACUAUACAAUUACUAUCAGAAUAUACGACAAUGGAGGCAAUAAUGGAAUAAGUGAAAUAACAAUUCACUAUUGUGACUGUAUAAUUCCAAGUGAUUGUUCUGACAAUAUUGCUGUAGAUCGUGAUCCUUUGGAUACUCAUGCAGAUCGCAGUCCAUAUAGUCUGCUGACUACCUCAGCUUUUUUCCCCUGGGGGGCACUUGGAUUAGGAUCGGUAUUAAUGAUGGGAGGCAUGGGUGUGCCCUUUGGUCUUUGGCUCCGUAAAAGAAAAUCCAUGACACGAGAAAUGUCUGAUAAUAUGGGUUCCCCCAACUUAAGUCCUUCAAAUACUGAGGCACCAGGUGAAGAAUUGAUGGACCUGAAUGUCUGUCCAGUGGAAACCAUGAAAGCAUCCAUGAGCAUGAGCACAGUUGGAGAAAAAAUUGUGAAGGGGGAAAGUUUGGAAAUGGUGAAAGGAGGAAAAAUUAGCACAACAGAAUUAGUUAAGGGGGUAGGAAAUCACGUGACAGGAUCUUUAAGGGAUUUGGGACAACACUUGCGGAACUCAUGCAAGGAUAUCUGUUCUGAAUGGCAGCAUUUCACCAAUCCUCACUUAGCUGAAAAGGUGUUUCUGUGUGAACAGGAUGAUGAACGUAAACAUCUUGAAGAAUAUGUACUAUCAUAUAACUAUGAAGGAAAAGGAUCACCUGUUGGUUCCCUAAGCUCCUGCACGGGUGAAUCAGAAGAAGAAGAACUUGAUUUUUUAAAUCAGCCAGAACCCCCAUUUAGGAUAUUAGUUGAAGCCUUUGUAAAAGAUAAGCAUGCUUACACUGUUCCUGAAAACUGCAAUUCACUUGAAAGACUACCUGUGCAAUCUGCAUUGAAAUGCAGCUGUAAUUCAUCUCGAGAGGACUUGGGCAGGAAAGCUUUCCUGUAA